AUGCCUACAGGCUUUACCGUUGAGGUGUAUUAUGCUGACAACAACAUGAUAAUAUUUAAAUGGAGCAGAUUUCCUGGCGCCACUUCGUAUGAAAUUGACGUUAGGCCCAUAGACACCCCUGGUGCGAAGCCGGGCUUUGCAGUUUACAGUGGAAACGUGGUUUUGGGUUCGAUCAACAAUCUCACCCCGAACACCAACUACACCUUCACUGUUAAGGCAAAGAAUUCUACUGGGGCUGUGCUAGCCAAGAGGAGUGGAGACCAGAUGACAGCUCCUGAACAGGCAGAUCCAAUCAUUGCAGUGACCGCCGUAAACAGUAAUACCUUAGAAAUGGAGUUUGUGACACAGCCAGACGUGGACUCCUACGCGAUCCGAGCCGUGGACACUAAACACACCUUUAUGACAUUUGUGAUGGUCACGUCCAGCCCCGGCCUGGUCCCCUCCCUUCAGCCCUACACCUCCUAUAACAUGGUUAUCAUGGCUGUCAACGCUGGAGGACGCAGCCAACCUGGCGACUCGGUCACUGUCAGGACAUUACUGCCUCCUCCUCAGAUUAACAGCUCUUCUCCAAAUAACAACUCCAUCGAUGUGAGGUGGUCCGACAUUCCUGGUGCUGUCCUGUACACAGUGAAUCUGUUCAGAAAAAACCUAAAUUAUAAUGAGUCAAUCACCAAAAACACAACUUAUUUGAACAUAUCAUUCAGCGGGUUGGAUAUGGGAGCUGAGUACCACAUCCACUGCUACGCCUGGGACAUAGAGGGACGCAAAGGGGAGACUGCUAAUUCCACCCAGAGCACAAGACCUCCGACCCCAGAGUCUGUGAACGUAACCAUGGCAACUAACACCACCUCCCUGGGGCUGUCUGUGUCAUGGGAGAUGUUAUUGGCUUUAGAUGGUCCAUUUUGGUACAGUGUGAGCAGUAAUAUUCUGGGGCUUCAGUGCAACUCUACAUCCAUGUCCUGUGAGCUGUCUCCUGUCUCCUGUGGCACUGUUUACACUUUGGAGGUCACCGCUCACAACGACGCAGGGCCCAGUAUCCCCUCCGCCCCAUUCAGCUUCACCACUGUCCCUUGUCCACCUUCGAGCCUGACUGUUGCCGAGACGACACCAGGACACUGCACGUUCUCGUGGGGAACAGUGUCUCAUGCAGACAGAUACAAGGCCAAAGUGACCAAUGGCCUUGGAUCAGAUACGGUCUGCAACACGAAUGGCACCAGCUGCAACUUUUCCUGUGAAUGUGGAUACACUUUCUUCAUGUCUGUGUUUGCUGUGAAUGGGGCAGGAUUCAGUCCGCCAGGAUCCAUGAUCAACUACACCACAGUGCCAUGUUGUCCGAGCUCGGUGAAUGUGUCCCUGAUCAGCCCACAGACUCUGGAGGUGGAGUGGGAGCGUGCACGAGGGGCAGAGAUAUAUGAGACCAGAGCCGCGGACAGUUCUCACACCAUCCUCUGUAAUGACUCUGCUCCAAUCUGUGUGCUGUCCUACCUCGAAUGUGAUACUCCCUACAACAUCAAAGUCAUCCCAUGCAAUGACAUCAGCGGCUGCAACCAUAACUGCAUCCCCCACACUCAAGACACAGCUCCCUGUGCUCCCACUGAUCUCACCCUGACCAAAGUGAACUCUAGUGCAGUGACUGCGAGCUGGACAAACAACAACCGCAUCGCCACAUACGCCGUCUUUGUCAACAACAACCCCAGGUGUAACACAGGAAGUACCAGCUGUGACAUCACCGACCUGCCAUGUGGCUCCAACUUCAUCGUCACCGUGACAGCAAACAGCGCCAUAGGAGACAGUCUGCCGAGCUACUCUGAGCAGUACGAGACAGAACCGUGCUGUCCGGCUAGUCUGAUGGUGAAGCAGGUGACUCAGGCUAUGACCAAUGUAUCCUGGUCAGCAGCCAAAGGGGCACACACAUUUCUCACCACUCUGACCUCCAGCAAAGGCCACGCCCGCUGCCACACGGAGGACACACACUGCAUUAUGGGAUGUAUCACCUGCGGCACCAACUACACCGUUUCCAUGGAAGCGUACAGCCUGAGCGGGCUCCAGACCACCUGCACCUAUGAUGGCUUCUCCUCCAGUUUAUGUUGUCCAACUAAUGUCAGAAUCUACUGGCCCAGCCCAACCAUUUUGAGGGUUUCCUGGCGCUCCUCCUCAGGGCCCCCCCACCGCACACUGGUGACCAUGGAAGGGACAGGCAAUAAUUACAACUGCACAGCUCUCCCUGGUGUCAAGUACUGCGACGUCGCCAACGUACGGUGUGGAGAUGAGUACACUGUAGUGGUGGCUCCAGUCUCAGCAGAUGGCAGCACGGAGGACUUCUGCCCCCAGAGACAAUAUGAGGUGAUGUGUAUAGACGGCGGUCUGAGCUCAAUUAUUUACAGAGGGAAGAGAAGCCUGGAUUAGCCUCACCCUUCUUCAGACAUGUUUUCAGAUAGGGCUUAGGCAAUAGAUAAGUUAUG